UGGGUUCGAGUUGUUCAAUCCACGAUUAUCCCACAGUCGGCGAGUUUUUUUUCUGUAGACCUUUCCUUUCGGGUACUAUCAAACUUUGAUUUUUCAUCAUCAUUCUGAACUGAAGUUAUGCAACUGGAUAUUGCAUUGGUUAUUAUCAAGGUUUUUUUUCUGGGCUGUUUAUGAGGAAGACCCCAAAACUUCAUGACCGGCCCGUUGUUUAAUUUUCAGUGUGCAAUUUUCGGCAAGUAGGUGGCAUGUCGGAGGAUAACCGUGUGUUUGUUGGUGGUCUUCCCUGGUCAAUAAGUGAGGAAGACUUGAAACAAGUAUUUUCCAAGUAUGGAGAAGUCGUAGACGCAAGGGUGAAUAUUUUCGUUCCUUUAGUUUUGGGAUAAACACGGCAUCCGCAAGUUCGUACAUAGUGUCUCAGGUCGUGGGAAGUCCCAUAGUGUGUAUCUUUGUGUUUCAUACAAUCUUGGGCACCAAAAGGUUUCCCUUGAAAGACCUGUGGCCUUUGGGGAACUAUUGAUUGUGAAUGACUUGUGUAUAUACCAAAAUUUUUCCACGGAAACCUUCUCAACGUUUAUUUUUUCCUGUAUUUUCCAAGGUGGUCAUAGACAGAGAAACUGGACGGUCUCGAGGUUUUGGAUUUAUUUCAUACGCCGAAAGUUCUUCAGUCGACGAGUGCAUAGCAGCUCUGGACGGUCAGGACCUGCAAGGAAGAACCAUUCGAGUAAACAAGGCAAUGACUCGUGAACAACGAGAUGACGAGUUUGCUUCCGGUAGAGGAGGAGGUGGACGCGGUCGUUAUGGAGGUGGUUUUCGUUCGGGCGGUGGAUUCGAGCGUCGUGACUACGAUAACCGUAGAAACUAUGACCGUGGAGAUGGCGGUCGUUACAAUCGAGAACGCCGUGAUGGCGGUUUUCGCAGACGCGAAGAUUUCGAUUGAUCUUCCCCUUAGUCAAAGAUUGUUAUAGGUUCUAGUGUUUCUUUUGUGUUGGUUGUUGUCGUUGUUGCUUUGGAGUAUGCAGGUUAAUUACUUGGUAUCUAGUAUUGUCUCGUGAGAUGUAGUGUUACUCAUUCAUAUCGUGGGCAUAAACAGGUAGUUCCUUCAUUCAUUAGUAUUGGUAGUU